GCCGAGCCAUUUUCAGCGUUGAAUAACCACCGCACGCCGCUUGCUGUGUGUGUGUUUGAGAGAGCGAAGAGCUACGAGAGAAAGGAAAGAAGCAAGCUCUCCUGGAUAUUUAUUUUUUUACCGGAGCCCUCUCCUUCCUUUCACACUCUUACUGCUUGUGAGGGGGAGGCCCGGGGUGGACACACAAUGGGGCUAGGAGCCUGUGGCUACUGGGCCGUUGUAUUGCUGCUGAGAGGGGGAGGGGGUCGAGCGAAGGAGACCGGCACACACAGCUAACUCAGCCAGCCGGCUCCAGCCAGGCCUCAACAGGCUCAAUCUUACCCCGCUCCCUUGCCCUUUUCUGUUUUUUUGUGGGGGUUUUUCAAGGAAUACCCCUCACUUAAACCUGGAUCAAUGGAUUAAUCGUGUGUGGAUUAUUGUUUUCGAUUUCCGAUUUCUCUCUUCCUGUGUUUGUGGGAUAAGGAGAGAAAGGGAGCCAAACUUCUCCUGUUUUCUUUUUUUGCUUUGUGUUGAGGGAAGCUUCUAGAUGGAUUACAAGAUGCAUGCUAAAUCUAACAAUCUGCUGGAUUUUCAGACUCUGGAUGCCCUCUUGGAAAAAAUUGCACAUUAUUCUUCUGUAUCUGUGAAAAGAGAGCCUAGUGAGGAGUGCAAUGGAAUCAUCGGUGCUCUCUCAGUGGAGUCGUCCGCGCCGCCGUCGAGACUAAACAGCUGGUGUCCCGCGGCCUCCGCCGCCCCUACCCCAACCCUUACCCCUGCUCCAGCCCCUGUGCCCGCGCCCCCAGUCACCUCUGCAAGAAUGGGGGACGGCCUGGACGCAACCACAGUGCAGAUGUCUUCGUCGGGCAGCAGUAGUAGCAGCCAGGGGGGGCAGCCCCAGCCAUCCACCUACGUUCCAACCGUGCCAGAGUUUAACCCGCCGCCCCCGGAGUACAUCAACUCAUCGCAGCCCAAGCGGCAGACCAACCAGUUGCAGUACCUGCUGAAGGUGGUGCUGAAGACCCUGUGGAAGCACCACUUCUCCUGGCCCUUCCAGGCACCCGUCGAUGCUGUCAAACUCAACCUGCCGGACUACUACAAGAUUAUUAAAGUUCCUAUGGAUAUGGGAACAAUCAAGAAGCGACUUGAGAACAGCUACUACUGGAACGCCCAAGAAUGUAUUCAAGAUUUCAACACCAUGUUCACCAACUGCUAUAUUUACAACAAGCCUGGAGAUGACAUAGUGUUAAUGGCUGAGCAGCUGGAGAAGAUGUUUCUCCAGAAGAUUACUGAGAUGCCCCAGGACGAGACGGAGAUUGCUGUCAUGACCUGCAAGGGACGAGGCCGGGGCCGACGGGAAGGAGGUCUGAACUUGAAGCCAGGCCCGACUAUGGAUUCUCCGUCCACCACCCCCCAUACACGGGGCUUCUCAAGCCACUCCCCAGGCCCUCAGACCAGAGGACCACCAGUGCAGCAACAGACCCAGGACCAGGGGCCACCAUCUCUACCUCCUCAGCCCCUCAUGCAGGCCCUGCCCUCCCGCGUGCCCCCAACGCUACCUGUCCACACCCAUGCCCAUGCGCCACAGCUGGGGGCCCCCUACUCACUGGCCCCGUCGGACCUGCCUCUCCAGGCCCCUCCUAAGCUCCCGAUUAUGACCUCCGUGCCUCCUCCACCCACCCAGACCACUCUGCCCCCCACCUCCAUCCAGAGCACUGCCCCCAUACUGCAGAACCCCGUGCCCAUGGCCAAACAGAGAAAGAGCCAGAAGAGGAAAGCAGACACGACCACCCCCACGGCCAACGACCAGCUGAGUGAGUCUUCUCCAGCCGAGUCCAAGUCGGGGAAGACACUGCCGCGACGUGAAAGCGCCAGGCCCACCAAGCUAAUCAAGAAGGAGGCUCCAGACUCCCAGCACCACCUGGGCCUUGGGAUAGGUCUCGGUCUAGGGGGACCUGGAGGACCAGGGGUAGGGGCUCAUAGCCCCAAGCAGCAGGAGCAGCUACGGUACUGCUCCAGCUUGGUCCGAGACAUGUUACAUAAGAAGCACGCGGCCUACGCCUGGCCCUUCUACAAGCCAGUAAACGUGGACAUGCUGGGGCUGCACGACUACCACGACAUCAUCAAACACCCCAUGGACCUUGCCACUGUCAAGUUGAAGCUGGACAACAGGCAGUACAGAGACGCCCAGGAGUUUGCUGCCGACGUGCGGUUAAUGUUCUCUAACUGCUACAAGUACAACCCACCUGACCACGAGGUGGUGGCUAUGGCACGCAGACUACAGGACGUGUUUGAGAUGCGCUUUGCCAAGAUGCCAGAUGAGCCCGAGGAGAUGUUGGCUUCGGCUCCUGCCCCCGUGCUGCUCCAGUCCUCCGCCCCCAUCAUCAAGGCCCAGCCGCCGCCCAUCCUAAACCCUGCCUCUUCCAUCCUAGGUCCUGCCUCCUCGGUCAAACACCCCGCUUCAUCCUCGGACAGCUCCAGUGAUUCUUCUUCUGAGUCGGAAUCCUCCACAAACGACUUGGAGGAGGAGAGAGCCCAGAGACUGGCCGAGCUACAAGAACAGCUCAAAGCUGUCCACGAGCAGCUGGCGGCCCUCUCGCAGCCACAGGCCAGCAAACCAAAGAGAAAAGAGAAGGAGAAGAAGAAAGACAAGCACAAAAGGAAAGGAGCGGUGGAGGAGAUCCCGGAGCCGGCCAUUCAGUUCCCCAAGAAGACCAAGAACAACAACAGCAGCAGCAACAACAAGGAGCUCCUGCCCAAGAAGACCAAGAAACCCAGUAAGAAGGAGGGAGGUGCGGUGAAGAACAACCACUCUGCAGCCCUGGGCCCUCAGGCAGCGCUGCAGCCCCCAGCUCUGCAGCCCGUGUCGGGCUUGGGGGAGGGCCUGGAGGACGACCCGGCUGCAGCUGGAGCCCCCGGGGAGAAGGGUAGGCCCAUGUCGUAUGAGGAGAAGAGGCAGCUGAGUCUGGACAUCAACAAGCUGCCCGGCGACAAGCUGGGUCGUGUGGUCCACAUCAUCCAGUCCAGAGAGCCCUCGCUGAAGAACUCCAACCCCGACGAGAUCGAGAUAGACUUUGAGACGCUCAAGCCGUCCACGCUGAGAGAGCUGGAGAGAUACGUUUCGUCGUGCCUCCGCAAGAACAAGAAGAAGGUUCCUGUGGCAGAGAAGACCAUGGAGGCCAUGACUGCCGCCAAGAUCAAGGCCAGCUCCUCCUCUGACUCCGACAGCAGCGACUCCAGCUCCUCAGACAGUGAUGAGGAGAAGGGAAUCCCUCCUAAACAGAAACAGAAGAAAGGCCACGGGACCAACGAAGGGAAGAAGCCCCAUCUCCACCAUACCAUGUCUGGAGCUGGGCCCCUCCCCCAGGGCCACCCUCACCCCCAGGGCCACCCUCACCCCCAGGGCCACCCACCCCCAGGGCCACCCUCACCCCCAGGGCCACCCUCACCCCCAGGGCCACCCUCACCCCCAUGGCCCUCACCUCCAUGGCCCCCUCACCCCCAUGGCCCCCCUCACCCCCAUGGCCACCCUUACCCCCAGGGUCCUGUCCUGCAGCCCAGCAUCCACCUGAAGCAACAACAGCACCAUAACCCCUCCCCCGCCACCUACAUGGCCCCUCCCCCGGUAACGGUCACGGCGUUGGAGUCCUCCCAGUUGCUGGAGAACACGUUUGAUUUGCUGCCCCACUUCGGCCAGCAGCCACUCAUGCACCUGUCCCAGCACCACCACUCCUCGUCGCCUGCCUUGCCCCCCCACCUCAACGUUCACUCGGCAGCGGGGCCGGUGUCCCCGGAGACGCACCCCUUUCUCAACCAGCACCCCAUCCACCCCAACCCUCCCAACCCUAACCCAGCUUUGCACAACGCCUUGCCCCAGCAGCCAUCUCGACCCAGCCACAGGGCAGCAGCUCUACCUCCCAAACCCCCGCAGCAGCAGCAACCAGCGACCCAGCCAACCCUACUACUACAACAACAACAACAACAGCUCCAGCCACAAGCCCCUCCACCCCAGCACCACCUCCAGCCACAUUCUCCACCCCGCCCCCCCAGUCCCUGCAGCAGCGGCCCCUUUCCCCCCACCCUCACCCCUCAGGGUCUGAUGUCCUCCCUGCCCCCGAUGCUCCUGGAGGACGAUGAGGAGGUGAUUCCGCCCUUACCCCUCAGCCAGGUGCAUCUCUACCUGCAACAGCUCCAGCAGGGACAGAGCCAGGGAAGACCUGGCCAACAACCACACAAUCCCCAGCAGAUCAUGCAGUCUCUCCAGAUUCGCCAACAACAACAGAACCAGGCUCCCCUCCUGCAGUCUGUACAGGUCCAGCCCUCCCAACCCUCUCUUCAGCCACCCCAGCUCUCAGUCCAGCUCCCCCAGCCCCAGUCCAAACCCACCCCCUCGCGCCAGCCCCAGCAGAUCCUACCCCCGCACCAGGUAGCCCGCCACCUGCAGCAGCAUGCACAGAUGGGUUACCCCUCCCAGGGGCCUGGGGUGCAGCAGACGGGUCAGUCAGACAGGCACGCCGCUGCAGGGCAACACAAGGGUUCCAUGCAGUCCUCCGCCAAAGCACAGCAUAUCAUCCAGCAACACCUCUCCCCUCGACAGAUCAAGGCUGAUCCAUACAACAGCGGGCACCUAAGGGAGAACCCCUCCCCCAUCAUGAUGCAUUCCCCCACCUCCCCCAGUAUCCCCCAUAACGCACCAGUCUCCGCCACACAACCUGAGCAGCGUGCGCCCCCGGCCCUGGUAGGCUUGAAAGAAGAGAAGUUGCCUCCCUCUCCAGUGAUGAGAGGAGGAGAGCCUUUCAGCCCAGCCAUGAGACAAGACCCUCACAAACACCUAGAUUGCCACAGCAAGCCCUCUCUACCAGGUCACACACAGCAGAGAUCAGAUGUAAAGUCGAUGGACAGCUCUCGGCCGGUCAUCCGUUCCUCAGAGCCCAGCGGUCCUCCCUCCUCCUCCUCCCUGCCAGACAAGGACAAGUUCAAACAGGAGCCCAAAACGCCCGUUGCGCCCAAAAAGGUACAGGAUGUGAAACUGAAGAACAUGGGUUCGUGGGCCAGCCUGGCCCAGAAGCCCACGUCAGCGCCCUUGUCUGCAGUGAAGUCGUCUAGCGACAGCUUCGAGCAGUUCCGCCGGGCCGCCCGGGAAAAAGAGGAGAGAGAAAAGGCUCUUAAGGCCCAGGCAGAGCAGGCUGAGAGGGACAAACUGCGCCGGGAGCAGGAGAAACUACGUGGUCGUGACAGGGAUGAUGAGGAUAUCCUGGAGCCUCAGCAGCAGUCGAGGAGGGUUCAUGAGGAGCCUCGAAGCAGACGUCUGGAGCAGCAGCAACACAUCCAGGCCCCCCAACCCCAGCAGCAACCCCAGGCACCAGCCCCCCAGGCCCAGCCCGCUGCCCUCCCCCAGCCCCCACAGGCCCCCACGCCGCCCCAGCCCUCAGCCCAGGACCAGCAGAGGGAGCUAGCGCGACGCCGCGAGCAGGAGAGGAGGAGGAGAGAAGCGAUGGCGGCAACCAUUGACAUGAAUUUCCAAAGCGACCUGAUGGCUAUCUUUGAGGAGAACUUGUUCUGAUGACGAGAGAACCCCCAGAAAUGUAAAACUGCAAAAAUAACACAUAAUGGAAUAAUGAUUAUGGAAUGGAACAUUUCUUAUGAAAUGGAAUCUUCUGUAUGACAUCACAGAUGGUGGGGGGGGGGUAAAUGAACCAAGAUACAGGACGUGAAUUAAACAAUCCCCCCGCAGAGCAGAGAGGGUGAUCUUCAGCUGGACUGGCCCAGACUGGCGAGAUGCUACUGGGCUGUUACCUGCUCUGCUAUGCAGCCUCUUUGGAAGUAAGAUGCCACAUUGAAGGAGCAACAUAAACAGGAUAUUUUCAACCACGUUUGGUGUCAUUUCUCUGGGGAUUUGACCCUUGUUGUUGCCCCUGGCAACAAGACAUGAGGGACAGGACUCCUGGUGGUCAUGUAAUGUCACACCUGUUUGAUACUUUCACAUGGGACAGAGCAAAGGAGAACAAUGUUGUAAAUGGAAGUUAAAGAUGAUAACAGAAAAACACAGUAACAGUGACAUGCUCUGAGAAACAAAGUACUGAUGCGUAUGUACAGACCGAGACCGAGGCGCUCAUAUAGACUGCCAAGACAGAUGUCUUUCUGAUAAGAGGAGAGGCAGAAUAAGUAUUUUUAUGUGAUCUGCUUUUCAUUUUGUUAUAGAAAGAACACAUGAAAGGAAAUGGUGGGGACAUGUGUGUGUAUAGAGGGGGAGGGAAUUUAACUUCUGACAUUUUUGUCAGGAGAGGAGGUACAGUACAGCUUUGCCUUCUGCCUCACUCCUGUCCAUUGUCCACACACACACACACACACACACACACACACACACACACACACACACACACACACAGACAGUACAUAGGCCUAUCUCUCCCUUGCCUGGGCAUACGAACAAAUCAGUAACAAAGUAUGGGACAGUCCGCCGGCAGCGGGAGGGAGAAAGCGGAUUUCUUUUUUCAUUAUGUAGGAUCUACUGUAAAGAGGUAUUUUCUUAUUCUAUGAUUACUGUUUAUUUGUUUGUUUUUAUAUAUAUUUUUUGUUUUUACCCCUCCCUCCCCAACACACUUCCCCCACCGUCUAUGCCAAACAACCAUUACCUUUUUAAUGCUGAACUCCUCCCACUUCUCCUUUUUUUUAUGCUUCUUUGUUCAAAUAAAGUGUUUUUUUUUUCUUAAUAUAUAAAUAGAUUUUUUUUUCCCUUGUCCUCUUUACCCCUCUUCAAACAAAGCAUUUAGGUAGUUUUUUUAAGAGGAUAAAACCUAAUAUAUGCAUUAUUCCAUCAAGUGUUAAUUAAUUAAAGAACCAUUUGAAGUUGUCAUA